AUGAAGCCUAGUCACGUUACUGCAUUUGCACCACACUUUCUAAACGGACUACCCACGUCGUUCAAGCACACCAUCCUUGUGUGUGAGAAACUAGCUCAUAGGGAGGUAGUCAUCAAGGGAGUCACAGCUGUGGGCGUGGUUUCAGCAAACGGUGAGCUACUAAUCAACAUGGAGGGUUUCAUCAAAUCUCUGGUAGACCAUGGAGACGGCUAUCAACAAAAUGAAGUGACGUUAGAUAAGUUCGUGAUGGGAGAUAAAAAGGGAACUAACCCACCUGAAAAGUUUGAAAACUCUGACGGGUCUGGUCGGACGAAGACGCCAACGGGAACGGCAUUGAAGGAUGGAUCCAGUUCGGCAAGGCAAUGGCGGAUUCUCGGAAUUCAAGCCAAAACAGCAGAUAAAACCCAACUGGUAGAGAAAGUGGAUGUUUAG